CUACGAUUAAUCCUACGCGCACUGCUUCGCCAAUCAUCAACAAUACAACCCAUACCGAAGGACGCGACAGGCCAGUAACGCCAAUAUGAGGUUAACGACAGACCUCAUCAACAGCUCCCUUUCCUUCAUCAACUGUCUUACGGAGCGUGAACUCGAUCUGCGAGGCCACAAGAUUUCUGCGAUUGAGAACAUGGGCGCUGCACGAGACAACGACGCCAUAGACUUCACCGACAACGACAUCGCGCAACUCGGUAACUUUCCGCUCCAGCCACGCCUCCGCACAUUAUUCCUCGCCCAGAACCGCAUCUCGAAUAUCCAGCCAAACCUUUCGUCGAGCAUACCGAACCUACGAACGCUGGUCCUCACCAAGAACAGGAUUGCAGAGCUGACGGACCUUGAUCCGCUAGCGGGGUUUAAGAAGCUGGUGUAUCUGACACUAAUGGGAAAUCCGGUCACAAGCAAAGAGAAUUAUCGAUACUGGGUGAUAUGGCGCUGCCCUACUGUGCGCUAUCUCGACUUCGUCAAGGUCCGAGAUGUUGAGCGCAAAAAGGCGAUAGAUCUCUUUGGCACGACAGAGGAGCCGACCGAAAAUGCGAGUAAGAUCAUGGGCGUCAAGUCCAAGGGCUUUGUUGUCCCGACAUUCACAAAUGGUGCCGACGACUCCACCAAGGACCGCAUCUAUACCGACGACGAGAAGCGGCGGAUGCGGGCUGCUAUUCUCAACGCAAGCAGUCUGGCAGAGAUGGCGAAGCUGGAAAAGGACUUCGCCGAAGGCCGGAUUCCUCAGCAUAUUCUGACGGGCGGAGAUGCCAUGGAGACGUAGUGGUGAACUGCGUUGAGGGAUGAUUACCAGAGGAAAACCUCGUGCCUUGCGUGGGGUAAUGACAAGGCCUGGGGUAAGAGUUUGAAGUCUACUCAACUCAAACAACAGAAGAAAGAAGGGAGCGCGGGAAGGACCCAAGCACGAUACAGCGUGCAGCGUUCUUGGGCGCAAUGCAUGUGCAUCAGGAUUACUGGUUGCAAGGGAUCAACCUAAAACGUUCAGCAGAGAGGAACCCGAAUCGGAUCAUUGUUUCAAAGUCACACGGAGCCAAAUUGUCUGUGAAGCUCAAAUCAUCUCAUUGCUUUGCGCCCGAAGUCUUUUCCGGCCCUUGGUAUCGUAGUAGGAGUAGUAGUACACAGAAAACGCCAA